GAGACCUGACGUACACAGCAAAGCCACCCAAAGAGCUGAAAAUAAAGCCCCUGAACAGGAGUAAAACCUACUCAGCAGCAGCUCUAUUCCAGCAGCUUCAGACCGAAGCUGAUAAUCUGAGAAGGGAGAAGAAGAGGAAUGUCUACUCUGGAAUUCACAGAUACUUGUACCUGAUUGAAGGAAAGCCGGUCUUUCCUUGCCUCCUCGAUGCAUCCGAUCAAGUCAUAUCUCUCCCUCCAAUCACUAACAGUGAGAUUACGAAAAUGUCGACUAAUACCAAAAACAUGUUCGUGGAGGUGACCAGUAGCACUUCCCAGCAGAUUUGCAGAAAUGUUAUGGAUCAUUUUCUGAAGGAGCUGUUGCCACUCGGUAUUGCGACACCCCAGAACAACGAGGAAACUCCUCAACAGUACCACAAAUUGCAGAUUGAACAGGUGAAGGGGGUCGAUCUCGAGGGGAACAUGAAGCUCGUGUAUCCAUCGCGAACAGAUCUGGUGUUCGAGGACAAGAUGAUCACAGUGGUUCGAGAAUAACGAGAUUAUCCAGCGUGAGAACAGCUUUAUUUUGACAAAAUAAACGAACGAAUGGUUUUUGAUAUAUUUAUGUACCUCAUACCGUAGGAAGAUCAGUUUGAGCACAAGUUCAAUAAAUUUAUCUCACCUCA